CCGGUCCGGCAGGGACGCAGUGGUAGCGCCGCUCACCAAUCCCCCAUAUAUCCACCCUCGCCGUCGACACCCCCAAGCAUACGGGCGGCGGCGGAUACAGAUAGACGAGGAGGAUAGCGUCAGCACAGGGCUGAUGGCAGCCGAAGAUUGCGAUGGGCUUCCCAUGUACAUCGAGGAGGAUGAAGAGGAGGCAGCAGCGGAGAAGCAGAAGCGUCGGCAGCAGAGCCAGAAACCGCCGUUUAAGUAUUCGUGGGAGAUCGAUACGCCGGAGGAAAAUGCGAGAUGGGAGCUCAGACGGACCAUGAUGAACAAGCUUUUCGAGUUUGACCCUAAGACGGGAUCCCGCUCGUACACCCAAGUUUGGUUCGUCAACCUCAUCACCUUCAACCUUGAUGAUGAAACACAAUAUGGACCGAUGCGCUUUACAGAUUCACUUAUCGGAGGUGACCACAUGUUGACCGACUCUUUAAAUGUUCUUUGUCUGAAGAUAAGGUCUUCGGAUGUUGGUUACCCUAUCAAUGUGUAUGGGACUGUGAUAGUCAGAGACCGUUUGGAUAUGAAAUGCAACUACAUCUUCAAGCGCAACAGGAACAAUUGCCAACUUGUUGAGUCAGAGGGUGAAUCUUUGAUUCUGACUGGCCCAACCAGAGGUAUUGUUCUUAGCACUGAUGCUUAUUUUGAGAUAAAUCUGAAGAUCAAGCAGGAUAGAGAGAGCGAGGACAGACAAUUUUGCAAAACGUUGAUUGACGUGGAUAGUGCAAGAAUUAACGACACGGUUAAAACGGAAACUACUUCUAGCUGGCUCAGCGAGGUGGAUCUGAUGUUUUCAUAUGUGAAGAAAGCAUUGGAGGGCACCAUUGAGAUAAGAAUAUUGUCAGGGUCCAGUUCUUUUUAUGGAAGAGUAACUGUUUGCACCACUGAUAUUCCAAGUCAUAUUCUGUUGUAUGACAGUGAUGUUCAUGGGGCAAAUACCAUUGGUAAUGACAGAGUUCUGAAGUUGCUGCGGCAUGUUGUUUCAGUCUCUGUCGAUCAGAUGUUGAUAUUCCAUAUAUAUCCCCGCAGUGGUGAUUUGAACCCUAGAAUCUUUGAAUUUACUCCACAAAUUAAAGGCGCAGACAAGGUUGAGAUUACUUGUGGUGGCCACAGGAUGCUAGUCAAAGUUACUUGGUCGAUCUUGUCAGUGAAAAGAGGAUCUCUUGAGGCCUCGUUCGGUUGUCCCGGAACAGGCUAUUAUGGGCCUGACACUGUUCCUCCGUAGUACAAAUUCCUGAAGGAAAGGUUUUGCUGGGAAUCAAUCUCAGAUAACCGAACGGAGCCGAGGAUGAUUGCACAAAUUCACUUGUUUAUCUUCAUGUAUUAAUAUUUAGACUUUGGUUUGUGUUAGUAUCCACGUUCAUUGUUCCGCAUUCUAAGAAGGCAGUUAUAUCUAUGAAGUGGUGCUAAUUUACUUCCUUUCAGUACUAGAUUUAUGUGGUGUUGCUCCAAGUACAUUGUGCUUUUAUGCUGAAUUCUGUUCUCUACGGUAGAUGUUAGUAUCUUAAUUAC